AUGAACGCUGGAUGGGAACUGGAGAACAUGAGGAAGGAAGUGACCUGCUCCAUCUGCCUGGACUUCUACCGAGACCCCCAGACCAUCGACUGCGGUCACAACUUCUGCCGCGCUUGCAUCGUGCUGUUCUGGAGCUCGGCGAGGGAGGAGGUGUCCUGCCCCCAGUGCCGGGAGGUGUUCCCCCAGCCGCACCUCAGGCCUAACUGCUGCGUGUCCAACCUGGCCGAGAGCGUCCGGAGACUGCUGCCCGGUCAGAAGGAGGAGGUGCUCCGGUGGGAACAGGAGGAAAAGCUGGCGAAGGCCCUGGAUCGUUUUCAGGAGCUGACGGAAAACCUCCACAGAAGCCAGAGGGAAGAAGAAGCCAAUGCGGCAAAGCUGAAGAAGCUGACUGAUGAGCUGCGGAAGAACAUCGAGUAUGAAUUUGCCAAACUGCACCGCUUCCUGAACGACGAGGAGACGAUACUGAUGACCAAGCUGAAGCAAAAGGAGCAGGGCAUAUCCGCGCAAAUCCAGGAGAACUUGAGGAAAAAUUCAGAGGAGCUUGCUUUCAUUGAGGAAGUGACAGCCACAAUACAGAGGAAAGUGUGUGCCCAAGAGGCAGGGCAUUUAGAGGACAUCAGCGACAUCAUUGAGAGGUCUAGUGUCGUGUUCAACCAGCCAACUAAGGUCUCCGUCGACCUGGAUCUGGGAGAUUUCCAUGGCCCACUUCAGUACGCUGUCUGGAAACGGAUGCUGGGAGCAAUCAGUCCAGUUCCGACUGCAUUGACCCUGGAUCCAAAGACGGCAAAUCCCUUCCUGAAAGUGUCUGAAGACUGGACUGAGGUGAGGCUGGUGAAGGACAAACAGGAUGUUGAGGACAACGCAAAGAGAUUCACUGCCUGCCUCUGUGUCCUGGGUGCUGAGGUGUUCACAGUGGGUAGGCACUACUGGGAGGUGGAGGUAGCCAACAACACAGCCUGGAUCAUAGGGGUGGCCAAGGGAUCAGUCCAGAGAAAGAAGGACAUCACACUGAAGCCUGCAAAUGGGUUCUGGGCUAUGGAACUCUUUCUCUGGAAGUACCAAGCCCUAACCUCACCUCCCACCCACCUCCCGCUGAAGCGGAGACCCAAGAAGGUGGGGGUUUACCUGGACUAUACGGCAGGACAGGUGUCUCUGUGUGACGCUGAUGACAUGUCCCACCUCUACACCUUCUCCGAUGUCUUCACUGGGACACUUCUCCCUUUUUUCUGGACUGCUUGUAAAGAAGGGUCACUGAAACUACCCACCUUACAAGUUUGA